GUUGCCCCAGCAACAAGCAGGGAUCCCGAAGGCGGGCACAGCCUCGGAGGUAUCGGCGCCUCAGGUCCCUCGCUUCCAGGAAGAUCCUGGGAGAAGCGCGAGCCAAGCCUAGGAAGUCGGCGUCCGCUGAGAGAGCGAAAGGGCCAUGGCUGAGGUGCACGUGAUCGGGCAGAUCAUGGGGGCCACCGGUUUCUCAGAAAGUAGCCUCUUCUGCAAGUGGGGCGUCCACACAGGGGCAGCAUGGAAGCUCCUGUCGGGCGUGCGGGAGGGCCAAACACAGGUGGACACCCCCCAAGUAGGGGACAUGGCCUACUGGUCCCACCCCAUCGACCUGCACUUCGCCACCAAAGGCCUCCAAGGCUGGCCCCGGCUCCACCUCCAGGUGUGGUCCCAGGACGGCUUCGGCCGCUGUCAGCUUGCGGGCUACGGCUUUUGCCACGUGCCCAGCAGUCCCGGCAGCCACCAGCUGCACUGUCCCACAUGGCGGCCCCUGGGCCCCUGGCGCGAGCAGCUGGCCCGGGCCUUCGUGGGUGGCGGCCCCCAGCUGCUGCACGGGGACGCCGUGUACAGCGGAGCGGACCGCUACCGCCUGCGCACGGUGGCCGGCGGCCUCGUGCACCUGGAGCUGGGGCUACUGCUGCGCCACUUUGACCGCUACGGCGUCCAGUGCUGACCGUGCCCCCGAGGGCAGGCCCCUGUCCCCAGCCCUGCGCGCCUGUCCAGGGCCCGCAUGGCCCAGGGCUCCGAAGCGGGGGCUCGGGACGCUGUCGGGUCUGACCCCAGCCAGCGACCACCGUGGCUUCUGUCCCGGCGAGCACCUCCAGCCCAGUGGCUGCCCCCACAGGUCCAGUUGGCCCAUCUGUAAAACGGGGGCAGGAAGCGUGUGGGGCGGCAGGGUGCUGGGGGAGAAGAGGCUGCUGGGCCCACGGAAGUGCUCAAUAAAGGAGAGCAGUUCUUACA